UCGGUAACAGUGGGGGUAAGAGUCUCAAGUGGUCUUAAGAGCACUCAACAAUCACAAAAGUUUAUUUAUUUUCAAAUGCAAUUAGAUGUGUUGAGAAACUCAUUACUUUAAUUUUUUACUAUGUAUUUAUUAUAGCAAUAACUAGAUUAACUAGUAAUACUCAUACUCCUUGUACUCUUAUAGAUUAUAGAGGAAAGUAUACCUAUAUUGUUGUACGUUGUACGUAAAUAUAUGUAUAUAUUUGAGUCACGAAAUGUCAAAAGCAACAAUAAACAUUAGAAAAAAUAUAUAUCUCAUCUAUAACAAUAAAUUUUAAAUUUUAUCAUAAAAUCUAUUAAUGCAGCACUAAUUGCAAGCAUACAAAAUGACCUAUUAAUGCACAUUUAUUACAAAUUUAUCUGCUCAGUCAUAAAAUAAUUAUGAACAAAAAAUGUAUUUACUUAUCAGUAUUAACAAUUGAUUAAUAAUAAUAGUAAUAAUAAUAAUAAUAAUGAUAAAUUUAGAUGUACGAUUAUAAAAGUGAUGAUAAAAAUAAAUUAAUUGAAGACAUGGAUUAUGAGUACAUGCCAUUUCAAAGAGAACGUGACAUUCAUAAUCGAUGUUGUGGUGGUAAAUUUUGGUGUAUUAAGGAUAUAUGUGGAAUAAUAUGUGCUAUUCUGACGUGGUUGUUAAUUAUUUAUGCGGAAUUUGUUGUUAUGGCAGUUAUAUUGAUUCCUAGUAUAAAUACAUUAUAUUCAAGUUUAAAUAUGGCUAUAUUUCAAACAUUAGCAUUUUUAGCUUUUGCAUCUCACCUUAGAACUAUGUUUACUGAUCCUGGUGCAGUUCCUAAAGGCAAUGCCACCAAGGAAAUGCUACAACAAAUGGGUGUUAAAAAUGGUCAAGUUAUAUUUAAAUGUACAAGAUGUUGCUCUAUAAAGCCUGAUCGUGCACAUCACUGUUCUGUUUGCCAAAGAUGUAUAAGAAAAAUGGAUCAUCAUUGUCCAUGGGUAAAUAAUUGUGUCGGUGAAAAUAAUCAAAAAUAUUUCGUAUUAUUUACUUUUUAUAUUGCCGGUAUAUCAUUGCAAUCACUAUUUUUAUGUAUUGAACAAUUUACAAUGUGUGUACGACAAGAAUGGCGUAAUUGUACGACAUUCAGUCCUCCUGCAACUGUUGUUUUAUUAUUAUUUUUAACAUUUGAGGCUCUACUUUUUGCUAUUUUUACUGCCGUUAUGUUGGGAACCCAAUUGCAAGCUAUAUGGAAUGAUGAAACGGGCAUUGAACAAUUAAAAAAAGAAGAAGCGCGAUGGGCACGAAAUAGUAGAUGGAAAUCUCUUCAGGCUGUAUUUGGACGAUUUUCUGUUGCAUGGUUUUCACCUUUCACAUCACCACCUAAUGCCAAAACUAAACUUGAUUCUUAUUUAUAUUCCGUAUAAUCAUACAUUAUUAUAAAUUUAUUAUUUUAUUUUUUAAAUAAUUAUACAUAAAGUUGUACAUAAAAUAACCAGCAAAGGAAAUGAUCAAUG